CUUACCCUCCGUUUCUCGCUUCAGAUGAAAUCCCAGCCUCUGAUUCUCGCUUCCGACGAAGAUUCAUCCUCAUCCUCUCAUUUUGAUGGUGAGUUUCUUCCAAGAACCCUAUGAUGAGCAAGAUAGACUGAGGGAUUGAUUGUAAUAAUUUCUUUAGGUCAGUUUUCCCAACUUGGAAACAUUGAUUAUUUUCUACUUUGGAAAACAUGGGAAGAAAUGACAACCAAUCCUCUUCCUCUAAUGAUGAGGAAAAUCUUGCAUCUGCGCAAUGUGGAUCAGGUUUGUGAAACCGGAAAACACUGAAGUUACUUUGAUGCAUCAAAUUGAAGAAUUUAGUAUCAUCUUUGGUAUCUUUCCGUAGUUUGAUAACUUUAGAGGUGCCAAGAUCUCAUGAAUUAGAAAAUUUAGUAACUCAAUAGCUAACAGCAUGGAACAACUCAAAAGAAUGACCAUAAUUGGUUGCAAGAAGAUAGAAGAAGUCAUAGCAUAUGAGGACGAAGAAGUGGAGAAUAAAAUUGAAUUUAAACAACAGAAGUCCCUUAGACUCUAAUGAUUACCAAGCCUCAAGAGUUUCUGCUCAAGGAAUCACUCCAUCAGUUUCCCAUAUAUGAAUGAAUUGGUUGUAAAAGAAUGCCCUAAAUUGGAGAUUUUCUCUGAUGGUGAGACAUACACUUCAGAGCUGGAAAAAAAGCUUAAUGCAGAUGACCUCAAUGCCACCAUAAAAACGCUUAAUGCAGAAAAGAGGGACACUUUGGAGGAGUUAGGGUAUCUCCAUUGGAAUUUAGCUAACCUUUGGGCUCCACUAUCCGCUGAAGGUAUAUGAGUGUCAUCUUCAAUUUGAAAGGCUUUUGAUUCAGAGUGUAUUGAAAUCAUAGCAGGUUUUAUUCUCCUCCAUUUCUAGUUUUCUGCUCUGCUAACAUUUAUUUUCCCAUUGGUUUGGAUGGUAUCUGAGAUACUGAUUAAACAUUCAUGUAGUCA